AUGCUGACAGCGCUUGACUUGGAAGUUCCGGGCACGUCCCAGAUUUCGCCCAGGGAACUGAAGUCAUCGAGGAUCAAGAAAAAAGCCGGAAAAAUGACUAUAUUUUGCCGAGAAAAAGGAAUUAUGUCACUGACGGGGACGAUGAAGCGGAAGCGGAUGAAGCGGAAACCGAUGAAGCGCAAAGACGACAUUCUAACGACGAUGAUGAACAAGGAGAAACAAACAAGCUACUAUUUUCUAUCCCUCAAAAUGCCGCGCUCAAUGCCGGGCAAGAUGCAGCGGUUGAGCAUCGUCUCCGAGAAGCCCCUCUACGUGCUUGGGCUCAACGGGAAAUUGGGGGACGUGAACAAACGCCGCCUCGAGCCGCAACCAUCUCGGUUAGACAUCAACUCCGUGUCCGGGGAUUCCAGAGAUGCCCACGAUAUGGAAGGCGGUGGUGUUCGAGCUCGAAGUUUUUCCCGGCUGGCCCGGACCGUCAUCCUCGUCCGAAAUUGGUUGGUCUCUGCCUCGGAGGAAGGGGACCAGAGGAGUGACGUCGAUCCGUCGGCUGUUUUUGAGUUGGCACCAUCGGUGACGAGAAGUGAAGCGGAGACGGCUAAAGCACCUCCACCGCCUUCUGCGCCCGAUGUCCCACCACCUCCACCGCCAAAAACUUUUCUCACCGCAGCAGCUGUCAUCUAUUUCACCAUUAGCCCAAACAGCCGCGCCUAUUAUUUCUGGACAACUGUCGUCAGUAUUGGAGUUUUGUACAACAUUGUUGCUCUGUCAAUCUUCAUUUUUGACGACAUCUACUUUGGGUAUUUCCGGGAAUGGCUGCUGCUCAACCUCUUCUUCGAUGCCGUUUUUAUUUUUGACAUUUUCAUUCAAUCACGUACCACCUACCUCCUCGACGGGACACCGGUCACAAAUAUCCGAAUGAUUGCCAAGAACUAUUUUUCUGGCUCUCGUAUCUGGCUAGAUCUGAGCUGUUUGCUGCCGUUUGAUCUUCUACUUCUCAUCCAAUCAUCUGCCUCCAUCGUCCGCGUCACUAGGCUAUUAAAGACUUAUCGAGUGAUGGAAUUUCACGCGCUGACCGUCAAAGUGAUCAUGUUUCCGGCUGUUUUUCGGAUCAUCUCCGUGGUCACCACCUGUUUUGUGCUUUUCCACUGGAAUGCCUGUAUCUAUUUCCUGUUCUCGUUGAUGCAGGGCAUCGAUAACGCGACUGACACGGGAUUUGUCUUUUCCUACAAGAAGGUCUUCAACCCCGUGAUCCCGACGUGUGAUAUUUUGUUGGAGGAUGCGGAUGAGACGUGCGCGUACGAUGAGAGCAAAUUUGACGCGUUGGAUUUGGACCAAACGGAACCCCUGGAUAGAACAGUCUACAUCGAAGAGUUGAUGGAAUAUUGGCGGCAACGGGGUUACGUCGAAUGGUCGUUCUCCAACUUCACCAAGGAGUACAGCAUGAGCAUCUACUGGUCCUCGUUGACAAUCACGACAUGUGGGCAGCAGCCUUGGCCCGAGAACUCGGCGCAGAACAUGCUCGAGUGCGUGGAUACUCUGCUGGGGUUGAUGGUGUUCUCCGUGAUUAUUGGUUCCGUGGGCAACGUGGUGUCGGUGAUGAACAAGCAGAGGGCCGAGUAUCAGGAGAAAAUGGACGCCGUCAAGUUUUAUAUGAAAUACCGCAAGGUGAACCCGGCCAUCCAGGAGCGGGUGCUGAACUGCUUCGUCUACAUGGCCUCCCAGAAUCAGCUCACCGACGAACGGGACAUCCUAGAAGUGCUUCCGCCUCGGCUGACAGGUCAGAUUGCCGUCAGCCUCCACAUGGAAACGCUACAGAAGGUCGAGCUGUUUACGGAGUGCGAAGUCAACUUCCUGUACGAGCUGGUGCUCCGGCUUCAGCAGCACGUCUUCUCCCCGGGGGACUACAUCUGUCGAACCGGCGACAGGGCGAAGGAGAUGUUCAUUCUGAAACGUGGCCAGCUAUCCGUGAUCGACGACGCCAACUCGGAGCAGGUCGUAGAGCUGGAGGUGCUCAACGAGGGAUCGACGUUCGGCGAGUUGUCGGUGGUUCGGGUCGGCGGAAAUAUGCUUGGCGAUCGCCGUGCCGUUUCCGUUCGUUCGGUCGGCUUCUCGGACAUCUACAUCCUGGCCCAAGAAGACGUCUCAGCCGUGCUCGUCGACUACCCCACGAUGCGAGACCAUUUGUAUGAAAAAGCGCGCGAGAUGCUGCGCGCGAAGCUGCUGCUCGACGAGACGGAGGUGGAUGAUGAUCAGGGGCUGCUCGGGAUGCUGACGCUCCCAACCGACGAGCAACUGUCACGGCUUCAGGCCGCCAUGGAGAACAUUGAUCGACAGUUGGACGACUAUGCGCGACAGCAGCAGGAGUCGGUCACCCGCCAGAAGCAGCGCAUCACCGAAUUGGAGGGCACGUUUACGCGGAAUAAGCGGCGCAUACGGCGGGAUUACGAAAGAGGGUUGCUUACG